AUGUCGAUUGGAAUACUGCAUGGCUUGAUCGAUGAAAUGGCCACUAGGGACCGAUUUCUGUGCCUCCUUUUGUCCAUCGUCUUCUACUCCACAAUCGGUCAGACGGAACCUCGCUUGGAUAUUCAGCCAGAAUUUCUAGCGCCCUUAGAAAAUCACACUGUCACUCAAGGACGUGACGUUUUCUUUACCUGCGUCGUUAAUCAUCUCCAGUCUUACAAGAUAGCAUGGCUGAAGUCUGACUCGCGAGCCAUCCUGGCGAUGCACACGCACAUGGUGGCGCCGAAUCCACGCCUGUCCGUCACUCACAACGGCCACAACACGUGGAAGCUGCACGUGUUCAACGUCCAGCCCGAGGACUCGGGCACGUACAUGUGCCAGGUCAAUACCGACCCGAUGAGGAGUCAGGUCGGUCACAUGAAGGUACUGACGCCACCAGACAUCGUGGACCAAAUGGACGACUUCGAUCGUUUGACGAGUCUUGAACGCGGCAACGUCUGGCUGCGGUGCAAAGCUGUUGGAAAUCCCAAACCUGAGGUCACGUGGCGACGAGAGGACGGUCGCAGCAUCACUCUAAGAAGCGAAAACUCACGAAGCUUAACCGUGAAGACGUAUAAAAACGAGGACCUGCAUCUCAAUGGAAUACUGAGGCAAGAAAUGGGCUCGUAUCUGUGCAUCGCUUCGAAUGGCGUGCCGCCGAGCGUCAGCAAGCGAUAUUACGUAAAUGUUCUUUUUAAGCCGACGAUCAGAAUCAAGGAUCAAAUAAUAGUAGCCCAAACGAACGACGACGUCACUUUCGAGUGCUACGUCGAGUCGUCGCCGAAAUCACUCACGACUUGGUACACGCAAGACGGUGUCAAGGUGAUACAAGACGCAUGGCAUAUUAUUAGCGAAGAGAUUCAAAACGAGUACAGCUCGUUGAGCAAUUUGGCGUUAAAAAGCGUUAAGGAAUCUGAUUUUGGCGCUUACACGUGUUUUACGGAAAAUGCUUUUGGUACAUCGAGUGCUGUAUUUCAGUUACAAGAUUAUCAACGAGUCAAUAAAUCAGUGACAUCGUCGCAGCACAAUAAAUACGGGAAAACUGGAAAUACGAUAGUGAAUCGCGGCCACAACGAGUUAGAUAUUUACGCUGCAAACAAUAAUAAAGACGAACGAUCUUUUCGUUUUCAUAAUGCUAAUGAAAAUGAAGACUUAGCCUUUGAAGCUCAUUACGAGCAGUCAAGAGCAACAUUUUUACUGUCUAAUAUAGGCAUUAUAUUUUGUUACAGCUAG